AUGGAAGACAUCGACGAUAUCCUCCGCGAAUUCGACUCUCAGAAUGCUCCCUCGAAUGCAAAAGACUACGAUGACCUUCUCAAAUGGUGGAUCAAUGAACGAGCUGCGCCUGAAAUCCUACAGUGUCAGGAAGAUCUGGUGGAACGUAUCAUGACAAGAGUUCGAAGACAGAUCGAACAAAUAGAAGAUCAAACAGGGAAUCUAGACCCCCGCGCAAACUUUCAGUUGAUUAUCGUUCAAACCGAACUCGAGCGUGUGAAAUUUCUGAUAAGAUCUUACCUAAGGACGAGGAUAUCGAAGAUCGAUAAACACGCCCUCCACAUCUUAUCAACCCCAUCAAUCCGUCACCUUCUCUCCCCCUCCGAACAAACAUACCUUCGAACACAUCAAGCCCUAUUAAACGAACUCUACCUCUCUUCAUUUCUCAAAAACUUCCCGGACAAUCUAAAAAGACUUGACGAUUCGGCCGGUGGUCUAUCGAUGGUUGAGGAACCCGACUUGGAAGGCGCGGUGUUCUUAAGAGUUGUGCGAGAUGUGAACGUUGCUAUUGCAUGGGAAAACGGAGAGACGCUAGACAUGAGGGCCGGGGAUGUAUAUGUUAUCAGGUAUUCGGCGGUACAGGAGGCCGUGAAGAGGGGGGAUGUGGAGUUGAUAUAG